ACAGGUUGCAGUUCCAACAGCAGCGCAGUGAACUUAUUACUGUAGACGUUUAUGAAGGCUAAAGUUUAACAUGGUUCUUUGACAGACGUAUGGGGAGAUAUUUAGGGUAUCUUCGGUGACAAGACGAGAGGAAACAUAAGAAGAGAAGCUAAGAAGAUACUUUGAAGGAGAAGAGUAUGAGCUCACAGUCUUCCGGCCGAAGGCCCCCGAUGGACCAUGGAGUCCAGAUCCAUUCUAUUAACAAUAUCGGGGACUCUAGAGGAGGACAGCCAAUGCCCCAAACCAAGUCCAGGCCUAACACUCCCUCCAAAUAUGGCGUAGCGGUCAGGGUAAAGGGGAUCGACGGGAAGCCGUAUGUAGUCCUGAAGGAUGGACAGAGGGGAGACUCAUACGGGGUCCAGCUUAGGACUAACUAUUCCUCAGGCUACAGCAGCCUUCCCCGGAGGAGAGACAUGGCAGAGGCUGGAGUACAGUGGGCGGAGUCUGAAGGGGAGGGAGGCCCUCCAGGGGCGCUCCGCCGGGCUCAGUCUCAUGGCUCACUCCUAGACAAGGAUGGAGGUGGCAGCAGUGAGGAUUUUCAUCUGUCUAGACCCCCUGGGGAUGGAAAGUCUGGUAGUUAUGGUCAUCUAGAUGGAAGCGGUGCAGUAAGGAGAGACAGAGGGGAAGUGUGGGGAAGUAGGGAAGGGAUUGAGGACAGGAGAAUGUGGGAUCAGGCUGGCCAAGGAGGGUAUCACAGGUCAGUGGAACCAGUUAGGAGCAAUCAAUCAUACCCUGACCCACGUCAACAAGCAAACGAGCCCCCCUCCCAUCAGAGACAGCCUCCUGUCAACAGACAGAUGAACAGCUUGGAUGGUGGAAUAGCUGUAGGCCAGCAGGGAAGAUUCUCACCUACACAGCCACAACACAGGUCGACGGCUCCAGUCCACCACUCAAAUCCUCACACCCCGCCUCAGCCCUCCUCUCACCGCAGCUUAGGACAUGGCCAGGCCCCGGGCUCCAGGUUCCCUGGGCCCUCUGCCAAUCAGUUGGCUUCAGAGGAACGGAGACAUGUGGAUCUGGCCGACUCACAAGUGACCCCUGACCUUUUACUGGACCAGGUUCAGUGUGCGGGGAUGAGCUUUGAGGAGGAGCAGGUCAUGAAGAUGGUGUACAACAUCCUGAGACAGGGAUCUUCUGAGAGUGAUGCUGUCAUCUGGAACAAAGUCAAAAGCAUUUUUCAGAAGUUUCAGAGCAUAAUGCCUAAAGAAGGCCCCCGGGAAGAGUGGGUAAGAGAAAAAAGGGACUUGGAGACUAAGGUGGCUCAACUGCAGACUGCCCUGCGUGACGAUAGAAGGGUCUCCGCUAGCAAUUCUGACCCUGCUUUGAAAGCUGAGCUGGAGUCCUGCCUGGAUGAAAACCUGCAGCUCCAGGAGAUGCUUGACCGGAAGAAGAAAGAAUUAAACGAAACACAAUCAGAGCUGACUCAGCUGCGUAUGGACAGGGAGAAUGCUGAAGCUCGGGUUAGACAGUUGGAGGACCACCUGGCAGAACUUCAGGAGGAGCUACGAAGAGAAAAUGGCAGCAAGACGGACCUGGUGUCUAGUCAGGCACAGCUUGCAGAGGUCUACCAGCAGAAACAGAAGCUGGAGGAGACACUCAGGCAACGAGAGAGGGAGCUCACAGCUUUGAAAGGAGCUCUGAAGGAAGAGGUGUCCUCACAUGACCGAGAACUCGAAAAGCUGCGAGAGCAAUACAGGGUGGACAUGGAGAGGCUUCGCAGCAGCAUGGAGCAGGUGUCUCAGUCUCACGCAGGAAUCGAAGCUGAGCGGCAGCGAGUGAACGCGUCGGUUCGCACUUUGCAGCAGCAGCUGGAGGAUUGCAGAGACGAGAGCAACCACUGGAUGGAGCAGUUUCACGCCACCAGAGAUGAACUUCGAAGCACCAAACAGGAGCUUCUGCAAAUCCGCCUGGAGAGAGAGGAGUCUGAGGAUGAGCUGAAGGAGCUUAAGGAGAAGAUGAGCACCAUGAAGCAGCAGCCAGCUGACUCUGGCCAGUCAGAGACUCUCAAACAGGAGCUCCAGCGGUGCAGCGCUGAUAUGCAGAAGGUCAAGUUAGAGCUGGAGAAACAGAGGACGGAUUAUGACAAGAAAGUCAUGGAAUUGAUCUCCCUUAAAAAGACUCACCAGAACCAGGAGGCUGAGCUGAAGUAUGAGAUCGACAGGCUGAAGGACCAGUUACAGAGGGCCAAAGAUGACUAUGCAAAAGCACAGGAGAAAAAUAAACAGCUCCCCAGCCCAGCAGCCAUCUCAGAGCUGGAGCAGAAGCUAACUGAAGCACAAAGAGAAGCUAGCCAUUUAAAGGUGAAGCUCUCUCUUACUGAAGAAGAGCUGGAAAGCGCUAAAACAAGUGUGGGUAAAGCUCAGAUAGAGGUUAACUCUCUCCAAGAUGCUCAGAAGGAGCAGGAGGCAGCUAACACCAGGCUCAAAGAGAAACUCUCACGAUUAGAGGCUCAGUUGCAGAGCAACGCUACAGAAAGCUCAGAGGCAGAGCUCGCCCUGCACGCAGAGGUUAGAGGCCUCAGAUCUGAGCUGGAUGAAGCCAAGAGGAAAGCUUCCAAGCUCAGCCAGGAGUACCGUGAACUCGGCCUGCGUCUGGAGGGCACAGAGAGAGACAGAGACUCACUAAAACAGACCAUCAGCCAGCUGGAGGACACCAAACAGCAGCAAGAGAGAUCCUUAGAAAAGCUCAACAAAGAAUACGAGUCUCUGAACUUAACUUCAAAAGGAGAGAUCCAGAAUCUUAAAGUUCUGCUGGAGGAGCAGAGAGAGCGAACACGAAAGGAGGUGCAGGAGGUACAGCGCCAUGGAAACGACACAAAGUCUGAGCUGGAACGCAACCAACAGAAUUUAAGGAGACUAGAAGAAGAGAUGGUGCGACAGAAGAAGGAGCUUCAACUUGCUUGUGAGGAGAGGGACAACCACCAGCUUGAUAAGGAGCUUCUCACCAACAGACUGCGCCACCUAGAGGGAGAGUUGGAGGCCAGCAAAAACAGCCUCAAUGAGAAAGCACGUGAAAUUCGCAUCCUGGAGGACAAAGUAAAGCGUGUGGAGUUGGAGCUGGACGAGGAGAAAAGCUCUGUGGAGAUGCUGACGGACCGAGUGUCCAGGAGCAGAGACCAGAUCGACCAGCUGCGCUCUGAGCUCAUGCAGGAGAGAUCCUCCAAACAGGACCUGGAGCUGGAUAAGAACGCCAUGGAGAGACAUCUGAAGGAGCUAAGGAACCGUGUGGUUGAGAUGGAGGGUCAGUCUCGCUCCUCAACAGGAGUUUCUCAGCUGGAAAACAAAAUACAGGAGCUUGAAGACCGUCUGAGAAAUGAGGAAAGAGAGAAGAACAACAUGCUGUCGACACAGCGUCGACUGGAGAGGAAACUAAAAGAUCUCAACAUGACGCUGGAUGAGGAGAGACAGGCUCACACUGAACAGAGAGAUCAGCUUACCUUGAAAGUAAAGGCCUUGAAGAGGCAGGUAGACGAAGGAGAGACAGAGCUGGAGAGGAUUGAAACUCUGAGGAGGAAAGCCCAGAGAGACAUGGAGGAGCAAAUGGAGCUCAAAGAUGCACUACAGACCAGAGUCACCGCUUUGGAAACGGAGCUCAAGAGAAAAACUCAAGUCUCAAUGCGUCCAGCUUUGGAUUCAUCAGUUCUCAGCUCAGACGAUGACGACGACAGCCUGUACGACCCCUCCACUAUCACCUCCAUCCUAACCGAAAGCAACCUCCAGACCAGCUCAUGCUAAUGAUCGAGUUCCCAGGCGGAACAGAACAAGAGGUGGACAUUACAGCCCUGCAGAGAACAAUAACUGG